AUGAAGCCUGCUGCCGAACUUGGAGUCCCAAUACCAACUCACGUUUCAUAUGUUGUCCGUCAGACCACCAAUUUGACUGCAGAAGAACGAGAGAAGAUUCAAAAGCAAACUGAGUACAAUUGUUUCUUCUUCCCUUCUCAGAUGUUACUUGUUGAUUAUUUGAGUGACUCUGGAUCAUCUGCGAUGACUGACAUCCAGUGGAGUGCUUUAUUCAGAGGAGAUGAGGCUUAUGGAAGAAACCAAGGGUACUACGCAUUCCAAGAGUCUGUGAGAGAUGCGUUUGAACGAGGAGACAAAGCCAAGUGGGUAGUCAAGGACAUAGUUAGUGGCAUUCCCAACUUCACCAAUAAUCCGGAAGACCCCUAUUGGACCGACGAAGAAAGUGAAGGGUCUUUUGUUAACAAAGGAACACUUCAGAUGGAACGACCGAACUUCUUUAUCUUACCGCAAGGGAGAUGUGCGGAGUGUUUGUUAUAUGAAGUGAUGUCGAAUGUCUUAGGGAAGGGCGAGUGGUAUUUAUUGUCGAAUGGCUGGUUUGAUACGACCGAAGCGAAUGCGCGAAACAAUGGGUUCCACACUGUCAAUAUGUUUGCGAAGAACUAUCACGACGCAGUGGACUGCGAAACUCUUUGGACUCAAAAUACAUUUAAAGGAGAUUUGGAUCUUGAAAAGGCUGAGGCAUUCAUCAAUGAGAAGGGGAAAGAGAACAUCCCAUUGAUCUUAAUGACUAUCACGAAUAACACUGGUGCCGGACAACCCGUUUCUAUGAAGAAUAUUAGAGAGACUGCAGUGUUAGCCAAGAAGUAUGAUAUACCCCUUUUCUUUGAUGCUGCUCGAUUUGCGGAGAAUGCUUAUUUCAUUAAAGAAUUUGAAGAGGGAUAUAAGGAGAAGAGUAUCAAUGAAAUAGUGAAGGAGAUGUUCUCCCAUGUUGAUGGAUUUUGUAUCUCAUUGAAGAAGGACGGCGUCUGUAAUAUGGGCGGCGCACUCAGUUUCAGAGACAAAGGAGUCUUCUGGCGAAAGUUUAGCACUAAAGGAGACAUUGGAGUGACUUUGAAACAACUUCAAAUUCUUCGCUAUGGGAAUGAUUCAUAUGGUGGAUUGAGUGGAAGAGACAUUAUGGCGUGUGCGAUGGGGUUGAAUGUGGUGAUGGGUUAUAACUACUUGAAAGGAAGAGUUGAACAAGUCCGAUACUUUGGAUAUGAGUUGGCGAAGAGAAAUAUCCCCGUCUUCUUACCGCCUGGAGGACAUGCCAUUUACCUUGAAAUUGAUAAGUUCUUCUCAAACAGAAAGAAUUAUUCACCGGGUGACUUCUUGGGUGUCGGGUUGGUCAUAGAAAUGAUCCGAAUGUACGGCAUUAGACCAUGCGAGUUGGGUCCAUUUGGGUUCGAAUGGGAUAACAAGAACGAAGAAGACAGAAAGGGAAUUAACGAUCAAGUCAGAUUCGCUGUCCCACGAAACGCUCUCUCAAAGGAACACAUCGACUACACCGUCAGAGCCGUCGAACAGUUGUACAUCAACAGAGACAAAAUCCCUAAGGUCGUCAUCUCGAGAGGUCAACAUUUGAAAUUAAGACACUUCCAGUCUGGCUUGAAGCCCGUCUAUGAGUAA